CUUUAAUGAGGCUGUUUUAAAUGUGCUCGCGACGCGAUCCGCUGCUUUGCGCGAGCGGAUGAAUGUCUUAUAUGUAAGCCUUCAUGCAAAGGAGAGGGGAUGAGGGAGCGCGUGCAGCUAGAGACCAAAUACAAUAGAUCAAACCAAAUACUACCACAGAAAUCCAAAUAAGACUUUAUAACUCUGCUGGCCUUUUACACUGUCUUGUCUGUUUUCUAUGUAUUAUAAUUUAUCGUGGUGUAAAAGCGAAUACCAAAGCUAACCCCCGGCCGGUGAUGCUACAGGAGUUGGCUAGCGACUGUUCUCAUGCCUUUUCACACCUAUAGGAAACAUUACUGGUGAGGAGUGACAGGAGAAAAGAAGCUCCCGGGCCUCUAUGUUUACUCAAGGAGAACGCUUUAGCAGUGCAAAGGUAACAGAGAGACGCAGGUGCGUCAACGAAAGGCAGGCGACACACAACCUUUAAUUAUAAAGCUACUACAAUAGGCCCGUAAUUGUAACACAACUUUUCCUGUUGCCUGUAAAAGUGAGGUCUGAUCUCCUCCAUCCGUCUGUGUGUUAGUCUGGACUGUAAGAUAACUGCUGCACUCAAGGGACCACCCUACAUAUAUGUUCUAUGCACAUUUACACCAAAUCUAAUGCCGGCCACCAGUCGACAUCCACAAAUGUAAAUAAAAGUGCGCAGCUGGGCUACAUGUGUACACACCUAACGGCGAAUGUUGUGAGCUCUCCAUACCAAAUAUUUUCCCAAAGCUGUCUACCAAGAAGACGGACGAAGAUACAGAAGACUCAGAAGAGGACAGAGCUCAUUACAGUACUUCUGUCAGAUUAUUUGCAUCAAAACAAGAAGCCGGAGGAAGAUCAUGUUUGUUCCCUUGCCGGUGCCGUUCGUGUUUCAGAGAACUGCCCCUGACCUCAACGCCUGGCGUCUCAAGUCCCCUCUGGCUCUCCGCUCCAGCUCCGAUAUCAGGAUGUCAAAGCCAGUAGAGGUUGAGAAAUUAGGGGCUGACUCACCAUUGGACAGCACAGAUUCAGAGCGUAAUGGACCUGAAUCAAAUCACCAGGCUCAGUCAAUGAAAGUCAAUCCCUUUCCCCUUUCACCAACCCUGAGCAGCAGCAAGAACAAGAUGGAGGAGUGUGGUGAUAUGUCCCCGGCCCUUCCUCACUCUCACGGCCCGACCCCCUCACAGACAGCCCUGCAACAUACACAGCUCAUGCUGACCGGCUCCCAACUAGCAGGGUUGACCGCUCUGUUGCCAGCACAGCAGCAGUUGUUGCUGCAGCAGGCUCAGGCGCAGCUCCUGGCUGCAGCUGUGCAGCAGUCAAGUGCAGCCCACGCCGCUCACGCUGCCCACGCAGCCGCCCAAGCCAAUCAGCAAGCUCAGGCAGCUGCCGCAGCAGCAAAUCAGCAAGCCCAGCAGCAGCAGCAGCAGCAGGCGGGACAAACAGGCCAGCAGGCCCAGACGCAGUCCCAGGGACAGGGACAGAGCACACAGGAACAGACCGCCCAAAGUGUCCCUGUCCCACCUCCUCCACCCCAGCUCACCCUCUCCCAGCCAAUCCAGCUCACCGCCCAGGACAUCCAGCAGCUGCUGCAGCUUCAGCAGUUGGUGUUGGUGCCCGGCCACUCGAUCCCAUCUCCUGCCCAGUUCCUCCUCCCACAGGCACAGCAGGGCCAGCAAGGACUCCUAUCGACACCAAAUCUUAUUCCGCUACCUCAGCAAAACCAAGGGAGCCUGCUGUCUGCUCCAACUAGAAUGGGGCUCCAAGCACCGCGAGAUAAGAGUGUGGAGGUGAGCGUGGCUGGAGGCGUGACUACGGUGCCCUCUGUGACCUCUCACCCCGAAGAACCCAGUGACCUUGAAGAGCUGGAGCAGUUUGCCCGCACUUUCAAACAGAGACGCAUCAAACUGGGUUUCACACAGGGAGAUGUUGGCUUGGCCAUGGGGAAGCUGUAUGGCAAUGACUUCAGUCAAACCACCAUCUCCCGCUUUGAGGCCCUCAACCUGAGCUUUAAGAACAUGUGCAAGCUGAAGCCACUGCUGGAGAAGUGGCUCAAUGACGCAGAGACCAUGUCCAUAGACAGUACCCUGCCCAGCCCCAGCUCGCUGUCCUCUCCCUCUCUGGGCUUUGACGGGAUUCCUGGUCGCCGCAGAAAGAAGAGAACCAGCAUCGAGACGAAUGUACGCGUGGCCCUGGAGCGCGCUUUCUUGACGAACCAGAAGCCUACCUCAGAAGAGAUCCUGCUGAUCGCCGAGCAGCUUAACAUGGAGAAAGAGGUGAUCCGGGUCUGGUUCUGCAACCGCCGGCAGAAAGAGAAACGCAUCAAUCCCAGCAGUGCCACCCCUCCCUUACCCAGCCAGCCCCCGACUGCCCCACCAACGCACAAACCCCCCUGCUACAGUCCUCACAUGAUGUCCAGCCAGCUGUCGCAGGCCGUGACCAGUCUCAGCACAACAGUGACCACCAUGUCCUCCGUCUGCCCCCUGACCUCCAGCCUCACCUCCACCCACCCCUCCCUCAGCUCUGCACCCUCCCCAGUGACUCCUCCUCCUCCUCCCCGCAGCACGGCCAGCCCAGCCACUCCCAGCCACAGCACACUCAACCUUAACACAGGCUUAUGGCGUAUGGGUAAAAAGAACGGUGACGUGUCUAACUACAUCACCGAUUUUGCUGCAAACUUGAGGAACACUGUGAUGGGGGUAAACACAGGGAUGAACCAAGCCCUCCUCGGUAACAAUCCCCUGGCCACUAUCCAAGCCCUAGCAGCCAGUGGUGGCCAGCUGCCUCUUUCCAGUCUUGAGGGGGGCAGUAAGGUGAUGCUGGGGGCCUCUGGGGGCCAGGGAGGGGGCCUCGCCUCCUCCCUCUUCCUCAACCACCCCGCCUUCCUCCACAUGGGCCAGAAACCCGGCGCUGGACUGGUCAGCGCUGCCAUAGCCAAAGCCUCCCAGGCCUCCCCCUUCCCCUCUGCCAGCAGCAUCAGCCCCACCCCCUGUACCCCCUCCCCUUGCUCCAGCCCCGCCUCUUCCUGCUCCUCCAGCGAAAUGGCACACAGCCCACCCUCUCUGGGCGGGGCCAAGAUUGAGUGACCACGCCAAGGGCCAAUCAGAGAGGAGGAGGAAGGAGGAAACAAGAACCUCGCCUUUCACACCAAAGCUAUCUCUUUCUCUCUCUUGCGCUCUUCUUCCGUUAUUUUUUCGCAAUGGCUCUCUCCCUCUUUCUCUCCCAGUCUUUCAAUGCCAAAAAUACACAGAAUGAAAGAGGAGAGAGGGAGGGAAAGAAGUGAAAGAGGGGAGAAGGGGGGGAAAGGGGAAGAUUGAAACCAAAAAUCUUUAUCUAUCCAAACAGAUGGAGAGGAGGCAACGUGGGACCUUUUUGUCAAUAACGUGUGAUAUCGACAUGGCACCUCUCCACUCUUUCUCUCUAAAGGAAAACAAACCAAUGACUCUUUAACAAAGAGGCGGAAGAGACGGCAGAGAUGCAUGUCAAAGUGCAUAAACCAAAAAUGACAAACGAUAACUUGACUAUGUGACAAAGGAAUGGCGGCAAGGACAAAAAAAAAAAAUUGAGAGGAGGACUGCGCUUACGUUUUCCUUUUCUUUUAUAAUUUCGAAAAGCUGCGGGUCUGAAGGAAGAGGAGUAGGGAGGAUAAGUUUAAACCAAAAAUUUACCUGAGGAGGAGGCGGAGGAGGAAUACACAAUGACAAAAAAAAAAAAAAAAAAAAAAAAAACGACAACCAUACCAAAAUCCCAAAUACCAAAAACCAAAAAUACGGAGAGAAAAGCUUUAUUCAAAGGACGUGUAAAUACUGAAGCUAUCCAGGACCAGGACUCUACUGCUACUGCUACUCACACACACACACACACACACACGCACACACACACACACACAUCAAGAGCCAAUCCAUCUUGCCAUUGACUCAUCCUGUUUGUCUCAGCUCAUGUGUCUGUCAUAGGUUUUCAUGCUAUUUCAUGUCAUGUCAUGAUAUUUUGGAUAAAUUUGUAGAAGAUUGUUUCUGUUGCCUGCCAGUAACUACUGUAUCUCAACGACUUCAUGCGUUUUAGUCUCUUUACCUACCUCUGGUUUUAAGAGCAUAGGAUAGCUUUCAACUCUCCUAUUUGAUUUUAUUCCUUCCUUUAAUUAAUGUCCUUAACAGUAGUUUGUUAUUCGGUAUCUAUUUUUUACACUUUGAGAAGGACUGUUGGGGUUUGUUUUUAUUAUUUAUUAGUGUUAUAAUACAAUCCAGCUCCUAUUUAUUGUUGCAGCUUUUCUAGUAUUAGCUUUGGGGGUUUAAAUCAUCAUCAGUGUCAUCAUCAUUGUCUUCAUCAUACACAUUUGUGUGGUCAGCGUGUAUUUUGUUUUGAAUGUGACUAUUCUGCAGGAACAGAGAUGACGGAGGUCCGACUGAGCGAAAAGAUGCUCGUCUCAGUCCUCACCAAGUGCCACGGUUCCAAAAUAGAGCUGGCACACUGCGAGUUGA